AAGGCGACGAGCUGCGCGUUGCGGAAGCACCAGGAUGAACUCACCGAUAUGGCACUAGUAAUUAGUAUUUGCCGUCCCAAAGUGAUUGACACCGGUGAUCCUCCAUACAGUGCAUAACAUUUUUCUUGAAUGCUGAUCUCCUGGGCAGUCGUGACGUCCGCUAGCCACCGUCCGUGCCGUAUCUCAAUGCGGCUGUGGACAGGACACAAGGACCACUCAAUUCUGAAGCUGCCAACAGGAUCGAGGCUUCCGCGGUCUCAGGCGGCCUCUCCAACGUGUGACUAUCGCUACUGUCGAACGGUAUUAUGGCGGCGGUGAAAAGGGCUCGGCUGCCCAUCUGGGUGGCGCUCAUCAUCUCACAUCAAGCGUCCUUGACGUCCUACACACGCCGGACUCAUCUCACCUACUCUCGAGUCCUAGGCCGGCAUGUAUAUAAGAGAGGUCAAAGUAGGUCGAGUACCAGCUCGUUAUUCCUGGCUGUAUCCGCCGCAAACGCGCUUCUGCUCUAUGGACCCCCGCCUUCCGGCUGGGCACCGGGGGAGACGGUCACCCAGCGCUGGCAAUCCCAGUCUGGUGAUCCUGCUAGGUUCACCUUGACGCUGCAAGCCUACGAUUCGGAGCAAAGUUAUGCCCUCGUCGCAAUUGUUGAGACUUCUGCUAGCUCGGUGACAUUCGCGCUGCCCGACGUAAAAGCUGGGGAGUACGUCUUGAACGCGGUGAACGUGACAGACGAGAAUGUCAUUUACGCUCAGACAGUACCGUUCUACAUUUCGUAGUAGGGAGUAUGUUUCUGUCAGGCUCCGAGGAGAGCUGGGGCGGACCUUGAGACUUGCUCCUUAAUGCUGUGACGUACCUUUGCGAAAGACAGUGCAAUAUCAGUUGGAUGCUUUUUGAACAAAAACUAAAAACACA